AUGAUGGUUCCAGACUUCGACAAUUUCCCGGCUCUGCCGACCAGCACGGGCAUCGCGCCCAUCCCCACGGUGGUCCCCGGAUCUCCACUGGUCCAGGAGCUCGGCGACACCGGGAAGCGUACUCUGUGGGUAGUCACGGCUCUCAUGGCCAUCUCCUCCGUCGUCUUCUACUUCCUCGCCGCCCGAGCCCCCUUGCCCAAGCGGGUCCUUCACACCACCAGCGCUUUGAUCACCACCAUCUCCUUCAUCACCUACCUUGCCCUCUCCACGGGCCAGGGCAUUGCGUUCAAAGAAGAUUUCUCUGGCUCCGCUACAUUAACUGGGCAAUUAGCACCCCCCCUGCUCUUCACCAACUUCGCCUUGAUCUCAGGUCUGCCCGGUGCGAACCUCCUCGCCGCCAUCGCAGCUAACUAUGUUAUGCUGGCUGCCGGACUCCUGGGCACGUUCGCCGGACACACCAAGGCGAGAUGGGCCUGGUUGACCCUUUCGUGUAUUGGAUACCUGACUGUUCUGAAUCAUGCCGGAUUCCAGGCUCAGCGCGCAGCGCAGACCAAGGAUGCGCCCUUCAGACGGUUCUUUGGUGCUUUCUCGGGUGCUUCGUUGGUGAUGUUUGCCUUAUUCCCGAUCACUAUUGCGGCUGGAUCCCUCGCUCUGAAGGUUAGCGUCGAUACCGAGACGGUUCUGUUCGCCAUCCUGGAUAUCUUCACCCAAGGUAUCGUGGGCUAUUGGCUGUUGCUGACCCAUGACACUUCGUCUGGACUUACUGCCUUGACUGGCUUCUGGGCCCACGGCAUCGGCGGCGAGGGUAACAUUCGUCUGGCAGAUGAAGAGGGCGCGUAG